GGAACGCCCUGCCUCCAGGCGUGGUCUGCCUGUUGCUAUAAGGGAAAAGGGCGGGCUUCAGAAGGUGGUUACGGAAGGAUUUCUCCGUUGAAUAAGGCUUAACACUUUUCGGGGUUUGCACUCCUCCUGCCUACCUGACAUUCUCCAGGUCACCAACAUUUUUGCUGUUUAAUAAUAUUUUUGGCAAAAGGAAAUUCUGAAGGCCUGCGCGAUGGCCGACGUGUUCGUGUACGGGACCCUGAAGCGAGGCCAGCCCAACCACAAGGUCCUGCUGGACGCCACCAACGGCAGCGCCACCUUCCGAAGCCGGGGCCGCACGGUGGAGCCGUACCCCUUGGUGAUCGCCGGGGAGCGUAACAUUCCGCGGCUGCUGAACCUGCCGGGGCGCGGCUACCGCGGGUUCGGGGAGAUCUACGCUGUGGACGAGCAGAUGCUGCGCGUCCUCGAUGAGUUCGAAGAAUGCCCCGACCUGUACCAGCGCGUGCGGGUGAGCGUCGAGGUGCUGGAGGGGGAGGGCGCCUCCAAGGAGCCCCCCGCCGCCGAAAGGUGCCUGCAGUGCUUCGUGUACAUCGCGACCAUCUACCCGCCCGAGUGGGCCCAGCUCCCGUACCUCGAAAAUUACGACUCGCAGGGGGCGCACGGGCUCCCCCAUCAUCCACGGAAAACAGAUAAAAGCCCAAGGAAGGCUCCCUAGCCAGGGGACACACAGAGCCCUGCGGAUAAGAUCCCCUCGGUGUGGUCUGCACGCACUGAAUGCAGAAGCCUAAUGAUGUCCUUGGAAACAAGUAUUUGUAAAACUCCAUCUGUGGGGAAAGAAAGUCUCUCUUUCUUUUACUGUCAGCCAAUUUCCUAGAUAAUGUUGACAUACCAAUAACAAGAUUGUGCCCUUAAAUCUAUCCAUCCCAUACGGCUUUAUUGCUUGCUGCUUAAAGAGCAUUAGGUUUUUGAAUGUACUGGGUAAGACAAAUUUAGGAUUUUAAUUCCCCUAAAUGGCAUUUCAGGAACUCAUAUGUUAUCAUACUUUCCUUGCUUCUCUGUCUGCUUUGCUUUAAUCUGAAGAUGACAUUUAAAAUGAAUGUGAAGACUUUGUGUUGCAGCUAGAUUUUAGCAGCCCUACUCUAUUGAUUCUGACCUGUAUAGCACCAAGAAAAAAAAAAUGCUAAGCUGAUCUUGGAUGUCUCAGUGUAAUAAAUAAUAAAAGAAACUCAAGAAAA